CAGUCGCAAUUGGUCCGCACCAGCUUUCUGGUCUGUGGUCAGCUAAUUAGAGAUAGCAGGAAGGAUUGGAAGAGCAACUCUGUAGCAACCAUCCUCAGUUGGAUUUAUUUUUUUUAUUUUUUUAACAUUUAUUUUAUAAAGCGAAAUAGAACAUUGUGAGCCUGUAUUUAUUAACGAAGUUUAACUAAGUUUGUUUGGUCGUCUGUAUGCGAGGGUGCGAAUCAAGCAGUUGCCUGAGAUAGAGCUCUGACCCCUGCCACUCUUUCCUCUGUUUACCGGAACGUUCCGCUCCUGGCCAUGGAACGUCCUUUUACCAACUGCCCUGCCAGAAGAAGACGCUGAGAAAAGCAACAGUUUCAGUCUGAGCUGGAUUCAAUGAGGGAGACAGAGUGGGAGGAGCAACCUGAAGACGCCAUCAUGCCUCCCAAAUUCAAACGACACCUCAAUGAUGAAGAGGUCACGGGAUCCAUAUGCAGCGAGAGGAGGAACCUGCUGGAGGAAGACUCCGAUGAAGAGGAGGACUUCUUCCUGAGAGGACCAACUGGACCCAGAUUUGGAGCUGGAAGUGACCAAAUCAGACAAGUGCAGUCGCAGGUUGAUGAGGUCAUCGAUGUGAUGCAGGAGAACAUCUCCAAGGUGAUCGACAGGGGAGAGCGACUUGAAGACCUGCAGGACAAGUCAGAGAGCCUAUCAGACAACGCUUCAGCCUUUAGCAGCAGAGCCAAGCAGCUGCACAGGAGGAUGUGGUGGAGAGAUAUGAAGAUGAAGGCCAUCAUAGCUCUGGUGGUGGUCGUUCUGCUGCUUAUCAUCAUCAUUCCAGUGGUAUUGCGGUAUCGCUAGUGUCGCCAGGAGGAGGAAGAAUAUCUCCUCCUCCUCUUCCUCUCAUUAUCCUGUACACAGUCCUCCACAUCAGCCAGGGGGCACCACCCAGCCUCCCAGACCCCUGCUGUGCCAGCCUGUGUGGCUCUGGGUAGAAGUUGCUCCUAACUACAGAUCUAGGAUCAGCUCACCCUCUCCCAAUGCUAACCUUUACCGUUAGGUCAGUUUUGUGUUUUCAAUCCUAAGGUCAGUGUGUACUAGAGACCACUUCAUCCUACUCUGUGAGUCCGGAUCAAGGGUGACAUAGGUAGCAUUACGUUGGCGUUACAUAGGGGUUGGGUUUGCUUUGCAAAUGACACCUUAUUUAGGGAAAAGGUUGUCAUUUGACAUGCUGCCUGUGUCUCAGCCCCCUCAUCAAACUUAAGGAGAACUCCAUUCAAUACAUAAUACAUAUCAGCUAGUCCAGUGGUCACCAAACUUUUCUGAGUCAAGAUCUCUUUUACAGUCAAAAAGCAAGCCGAGAUCUACCACUUAGAUUUUUUUACAUUACUUAAAAAAUGUAACAUUAACUCAAUAGUUCUGUAGGAAUGAGGUUUGUGCAGUAGGCCUAAUACAUUAUCACAGCAUAUUGGCUAUAUGCCUGGACUGCCAAUAUUGUUCUUCUCAGACUAUAUUAUAUUUCAAAACUCGAGCUUUGAUGACAAAAUAGACCAGUUGAUGUAGCACUUGCGAGGCACAGCUAGGGCUGUGGCGGUCACGACAUUUCGUCAGCCGGAGAUUGUCAAGCAAAUAACCUCAUGGUAAUUGACCGUGAAUUAACAUAAACACAUUGAGCAUCUCCUGGCUUCCACACACAGCCUACAAGCCAUUUAAAAUGUCUAAUAAAUCCAUUAUUUAUUUUAGACAGAUCUAAAGAAGCAUGAUAUGAAAAAAAAAAGUAUUAUAUUUCAGAAUAAAAGAAUAGCAUACACCUGAUGUGCCAAAUGGCUGUUGGCUACACUAGUUCAUUUAGCAGACAAGGCUGUUGGCUACACUAGUUCAUUUAGCAGACAAGGCUGUUGGCUACACUAGUUCAUUUAGCAGACAAGGCUGUUGGCUACACUAGUUCAUUUAGCAGACAAGGCUGUUGGCUACACUAGUUCAUUUAGCAGACAAGGCUGUUGGCUACACUAGUUCAUUUAGCAGACAAGGCUGUUGGCUACACUAGUUCAUUUAGCAGACAAGGCUGUUGGCUACACUAGUUCAUUUAGCAGACAAGGCUGUUGGCUACACUAGUUCAUUUAGCAGACAAGGCUGUUGGCUACACUAGUUCAUUUAGCAGACAAGGCUGUUGGCUACACUAGUUCAUUUAGCAGACAAGGCUGUUGGCUACACUAGUUCAUUUAGCAGACAAGGCUGUUGGCUACACUAGUUCAUUUAGCAGACAAGGCUGUUGGCUACACUAGUUCAUUUAGCAGACAAGGCUGUUGGCUACACUAGUUCAUUUAGCAGACAAGGCUGUUGGCUACACUAGUUCAUUUAGCAGACAAGGCUGUUGGCUACACUAGUUCAUUUAGCAGACAAGGCUGUUGGCUACACUAGUUCAUUUAGCAGACAAGGCUGUUGGCUACACUAGUUCAUUUAGCAGACAAGGCUGUUGGCUACACUAGUUCAUUUAGCAGACAAGGCUGUUGGCUACACUAGUUCAUUUAGCAGACAAGGCUGUUGGCUACACUAGUUCAUUUAGCAGACAAGGCUGUUGGCUACACUAGUUCAUUUAGCAGACAAGGCUGUUGGCUACACUAGUUCAUUUAGCAGACAAGGCUGUUGGCUACACUAGUUCAUUUAGCAGACAAGAUUCGAUUAUAAUUCCGUGGUGGUAUAUUAUUUUAUAGUAUGAAGAAUACAAUUUAACAAAAUUGAAUGAAAUUAUAAAUAUUUUCUCCAAAUGAUUUGUCAGUCAGUGCGCACAUGCGACUGUUCUGUGUUGAGUGGUUAAUAAAGAAAUAGGUACUCCUAUAUGCUUAAUUUAGAGUUAUUAAUGUAACUUGUUCUACAAACAUUGGGCUAUAUGUUUAGACUUUUAAUACAUUGUAAGGCUGCGUGAUGCAACUUUUUAAAGUUCUGCUUUAAUUUUUGCACAGGCUGAACACAGUCUCUCAUUCACAAUUUGACAAGCAAUUUGACAUUGCCUAGACAUGGCGGCAUCCCCUUUGUGGCCGUAAUGCAUCCUAUAAAAAUCCAUGCCUUUUGCGGCCCGGAGUGCUGCAUUGUGCCCUUCCCCCUGAGUGUGCUGCGUAAUCCGAAGCGUCUCUCACUCACACGGCUCUGACACAUCAGGGAUGCAGUUGUGCGUGUCCUUAUCCAAUUACAAGGCGCAUAUUGAAGAUAUUGGAAGAACUGGCCACAUUUACUUUUCAUCAGCCGACAAGAUGAGCAGGCCUAACGAACAGCAAAAGUACAAGCAUAUGUCAAUGUACCAUCCCCCAUAGUACAAAAGCCGACCUAUUCUGUGCGAGAAAUGAAUAUUCCUAACAUAGUCUGGGACAGUUGUGGGAUGUGAUAGAUCCCAAAUUAAUAUAACCACUAACAUCAAAAAAACUGUUUUAUGCAAUGUGGCUGACGCAACAGAUCAGAACAUAUAGCUUAAAAUGUUACAAAUCUAUUAGGCUAUUUUUUUCACAUUAUAAUGCCUUUUGCGGCCCACAUGGUAGUAGGCAAUAAGCGCAAAUGUUCCAUUAGCGGAAAACAACAUUAGCAAAAGUGACUGCAAAUGCAAAUAUGCAUGUAAUGCUUUUACUAUAAAGGUGCAUUUUAAUGUGAAAAUUAACAAUGCGCACAUGGUAGUAGGCAAUAAGCGCAAAUGUUCCAGUAGCGGAAAACAACAUUAGCAAAAGUGACUGCAAAUGCAAAUAUGCAUGUAAUGCUUUUACUAUAAAGGUGCAUUUUAAUGUGAAAAUUAACUUCCCCAAACUGGAAACUCAGGCGCUGCUUAUAUAUGCCAGUUAGGCUCUACACCCCUUGUAAAGGUGAUUAAUGUGUUUAAUUUGAAGUUAUUUGACCACUUUAGUUGUGAUACAAACCUUAUUAAAACAUAUAGGCCUAUGGGCUAGGCUACAUGAGAUGUGCGAAUAUGAUUCGAACAAGUCGCAAAAAAAAGUAAUUGUUUCUUAUGCUGGGCAUCAUUCACAAGUGAUAAUAUAUAAUUCACACGUGAUAAGCUAAUAUUGUCAGCCAUCAGACUAUUCUUGAUUUAAUCUUGUCUUUACAUAUACUAAAUAAUAUAUGUGACAUUUGUUUUGAUUUAGAAUGGACCAGUAUCAUGCACCUGUAUUGAAACGGGGCAGCAGGGAAAAAUACAUGUCAUCUCACGCAAUUGCAUUGCCUAUAGAAAUGUUGCGCAACAUGAGUUCAUGGGCUCUCAUGAAGUGUUUGAUUAGGUCUUCGAAUAUAUUUGCAUUGAUGUCAGAGUGAUUAGAGGGACAAUAGAGUGCUGAGUAGUUAGCAAAUUUGGUAGGCUACUAAUGACCAGCAGCAGCAUCAGAGCUUGGAGAAGCCUAAUUACCGUGACCACGGUGUGGCGGUAAUAUGGUCACCGCAACAGCCCUAGACACAGCUGAGCAUAUAUUUUAGAAUUUGCUUUAUUAUUUUACUGGAGGUAUGGUACCUGCGUCUGAUGGUCAUGGUGCUUUCAAGACAACUGAGAACUCGGAAAAAUCGAGGUCAAAUCAUGACGUUAGUGAAUUUCAGGUCGGAAAGUCGGAGCACUGAAAGAUACCGGAGUUACCGAGCUGGAUUACCGUUCAAAACGAUUUUCCCCAGUUGGAUCUCGUUUUUUCCCCGAGUUCCGACUUCAGUGUGUUCAAGACAACUGGGAAGUCUGAGAUUUGAAAAAAACGGUAUUAGUCUCAAGGGAGGGAGAGAGCAGCAGUGGGUCCUCCUCUCACGAUCCCUGCUCUCUCCUUUCCUCAGGUGAGACUGACCAGAGAGAGAGUACAUAAUCUUUCAACUGAUGGCGAAACUCAAGUCGCACCGCAUCUGCCUCAGGCACAAAUUCUUGUUGUUCCUAUGACCAAAGAAAGUUAAAUACUCCUCGAUAUUAAAAUAUACACAUCGAGCUGCUAAUAAUAAUAAAACGCAGGGCUAUCGAUACACUUGGCAACUCAUUCAUUGCAGCUGCAGCGUGAGAGGAAGAGUGUUUUAUGUUUUGUAAUAGUGUUGAAUUAAAACAGUGUUGACAGUGCUGAAUAAAACUUAGACAUGAACUCACUCAUAAAAACAGCAGUUCUUUGCUCUAUUCUUUGACAGUCUCUCUCUGGACAUGGUUUUAAAAGUUAUGGAAUCUAGGACCUCUCGAGUAACGCAGUGGUCUAAGGCACCACAUUGCAGUGCCAGAGGCGUCACUACAGACCCGGGUUCGAUCACAACCGGCUGUGAUUGGGAGUCACAUAGGGCAAUUGGCCCAGCGUCGUCCUGGUUAGGGGAGGGUUUGACUGGGAGGCGCUUUACUUGGCUCAUCGCGCUCUAGGGACUCCUUGUGUCAGGCCGGGUGCCUGCAGGCUGACCUCAGUCAUCAGGUGAACUGUGUUUCCUCCGACACAUUGGUGCAGCUGGCUUUCGGGUAAGCGGGCGGGUAUCAGGAAGCUUGGUUUGGCGGGUCACGUUUCGGAGGACGCAUGACUCCAUCUUCGCCUCCCGAGCCCGUUAGGGAGUUGCAGCGAUGAGACAAGAUCGAAAUUGGGGAGGAGAAAGGGGAUAAAAUACACACACAAAAAAGGUAUGAAAUCUCACAUAGGCUAGUAUCAAACUUUGCUGUGGGCGGGGUCGUGAAAGCUGUAGGUAGGCACGGUGAUUUGAGCUAUCCUAUUGGCCAGCACAGUAGGCACGCUCUAUUUAACCACAUAUCUCCCGGUCCACCAGGUAGGCAGAGUUUGUAUUUUCAGACAAAUGAAAUGGUUCAAACUGGGAAUACUUUGCCUACCCGGUGCACAGGGCUUCUGUAUGAAGUGCAUCUACCACCAACAGCGCAACACGGGGGGAAAAAGGAGUGCAAGUGUUUUAGCCUUUAUCGUUGGCUUUUCUACAGAAAUGUUGGUGAUCGUCUAGGAAUGCCUUGAAGAUCGACCAGCGAUCGACCGAUUGGUGACCAUUGCCAGUAAGGUUACAUUUCGUAUCAUAUACUGUAGUCAGACAUAUUAUUAUUAUAGUCAACUUAUUAUAAUUAUUAUUUAUUAUUAUAGUCAGACGUAGUAGUAUUAUUAUUAUAGUCAGACGUAGUAGUAUUAUUAUUAUAGUCAGACGUAUUAUUAUUAUAGUCAGACGUAAUAUUAUUAUAGUCAGACGUAGUAGUAUUAUUAUUAUAGUCAGACGUAUUAUUAUUAUAGUCAGACGUAGUAGUAUUGUUAUUAUAGUCAGACGUAUUAUUAUUAUAGUCAGACGUAUUAUUAUUAUAGUCAGACGUAUUAUUAUUAUAGUCAGACGUAGUAGUAUUAUUAUUAUAGGCAGACGUAUUAUUAUUAUAGUCAGACGUAGUAGUAUUAUUAUUAUAGUCAGACGUAUUAUUAUUAUAGUCAGACGUAUUAUUAUUAUAGUCAGACGUAGUAGUAUUAUUAUUAUAGUCAGACGUAUUAUUAUUAUAGUCAGACGUAGCAGUAUUAUUAUUAUAGUCAGACGUAUUAUUAUUAUAGUCAGACGUAGUAGUAUUAUUAUUAUAGUCAGACGUAUUAUUAUUAUAGUCAGACGUAUUAUUAUUAUAGUCAGACGUAUUAUUAUUAUAGUCAGACGUAGCAGUAUUAUUAUUAUAGUCAGACGUAUUAUUAUUAUAGUCAGACGUAGUAUUAUU